GAUUGUAGCAACCUGAAAAUAGGUAGCUAGCUGCUGCAUAACUCUUCACCGAGUUGAUUUUUCAUACAGAUUCAGCCGCUACAGCAAUAUCAGUCACACUAUAAUUGCCUGUCUCAUGACUCGGUGUCUCGCUUGUCGGUAUGGACAGUCGUUGCUAUUGUUGUGCGUCAAAGUUUAGUCUCUUCAAGAAGGAGCUGGGCUGUAAGAAUUGCGGCCGCUCCUUCUGCUCCAGCUGUUUGACUUUCAGUGCUGUGGUGCCUCGCUGUGGCAACACCCAGCAGAAGGUCUGCAAGCAGUGCCAUGGUAGUCUGACAAGUGGGGAGUCUGCAAACAAUGCUGGAAGAUGGUCACCUCCUGAAAAUUACAAAAAACGGGUUGCUGCAUUUGAGGCGAAACAGCAGGGACAGUCAACACAGCCCGUUGUCCAUGGAGGGAGCAGAAACAGCAAAGCGCCCCAUCUGCCAACCAAAGGCCUGAGUAAAGAAGAUCGAGCUAUUGCCGAAAGACUUCAAAAGCUCAAAGAAGACACAACACCAAAGUCUGUCCCCUCUGAGAAAGAGCUUGAGUCUCGACUUGCUGCCCUAAAAGCUCCCAGUCAGCCAGUACCUUCUGCAGCAGAGAUGGAGGACCGUUUAGCAGCUUUACAGGGUUUCUCUCCACCUUCUCAAGCUCCUCCACCUGUGCAUCAACCACCAGAUAGCCGGACUCAGACGGAACAAGCCAAUGAUCUGAUUACUCGCAUGACAGAAGAAGUUGCCAUUGACAACCAGCAAUCAAAUCCUGAAUGCAGUGCAGAUGGUCGUAUGAAUGAUCUCAACAAGGGGGAAGGGGAAACAUUAGACGAGAAUUUAGAGGAGAACCAGGGUGCAGCCAAGCAGCUGGAGGCUGAGAAAGCCCAUCUGCUAGAGGAGGCUAUGGAGGAACUGAGGAAGGAGCGCCAUUCGCAGGACCAGAUUCUCAGCAUGGCCAAGAGACUGGCACAGCUAAAGGGGCAAGACCCAGACAAAGUUACUGCGGAGGACUUCCAGCAUCCUGAUAGUGAUGAGGAAACUGAGGAAGAAGCCGUGAUGAGAGUUUUGAAACAGCUCUCAGAAGAAGCUGCGUUGGAUGAGGCCAGUGGCUACAACAUACCUUUAGAAGCUAGCGGCCCAAAGAACACGGAGAAGAAAAAAGCUUCUAAGAAACCGACUCCAACACACAAGAGCAGAGUUGUUCCAGCUGCUGUAGCAAAUCCACCAUCAGACAGUGAUGACGAAGAGCUUCCAUGGUGCUGCAUCUGCAACCAAGAUGCCACCCUUCGCUGUCACACCUGUGAUGGAGACCUCUACUGCAACCGCUGCUUCAGGGAAGGCCAUGAUAAAUAUGACAGGGUGGAGCAUCACACCACCAACUACACUGCGCCAAAGAAGAAGAGGAAGACAUGAUAGUGAGACUCUGCUGCAGGUGUUUUGCCUUAUGAGGCUCUGGUCAGUCAUCACUAUUAGACUUGUUCUUUAGCCUUAAGUGACCUAUUAUUAGAAUUAAAAUAGCAUCCCGGAACAUUUCAACACUACCUAAUUACUAAAGCAAGGCAGACCCAGUCAUAACCCAUUAAUUAUUAGUUCAUCAAUUUAUUAACAGGACGAACAGCAUCAGCUUUCUGUAAUUGCUAAGGCUGAUCUAUGAAUUUACUGAAUAUAUUAGGACACAACUGGUAGCAUUGCUAAUAGAGCACCCAUUAGGCAGUAACGUAAACCUUAUGUAAGUGCAAUACAAUAUGUACAAUGGCCAUAACAUAGCUCAUAUUUGUGGAAUGUUUAAAAAAUAUACAAGUAACAUUUACAGAGGCUCCUAGACCGUGUUGUUAUUUUUGCAAAACUGCACAGCUCCUGCACACAGAAAAGUUUCAAACUGUCGAACUGAAUAAGAAGCAUAAGGUUGUUUUUUUUUAAUGUCAGUUGUCCUACUUCCUAAUAGCAGCAAAGGCUCAUUUUAAGUGCACUUUGCACUUAUCAUUUGAUCCUUUUUUAUGUUUUAACAACACAUACAAAAAGCAAACGCAUCAUGAGCUCAUCUGGGCUGAUGUACAAUCCCAGACUACUGUCAUCUCCGGACUGAAGAAGCACAGAGGAGUCAGUAUAAAAGGAUUACAGAGGGCUUUGUUUUCUUUUGGCAGCCACUGCAGUCACUCUUGUAAUCUAUGUUUGGCUGCAACUCUGUACUUAUGUGUAAUUUCAUUAUAAGUGAAGCGAAAGUGUCAGACAUUAUGUCACAUCUGCGAGAGAACUUGGCACUUCUUUUAGUUUUAUUUUUAACACUGAAGCCUUUUUUCGAUCAAAGAUAUCAUUAGUUGAUGAAAAUAUCUCAGACUGGCAGGCUUUGUCAGAAGCGUAGUCUGACAGUAUGGAUGGCUUCUGUGUCAGAGAAGAAAAAAGAGGGGAAGUGGGAGAGAACCAUACAAAUUACUAUAAUGGAGCCCUCAACCAGGACCCCCUGUGUAUGACAGCGAGAUAGCCAGAGUGCAGUUUCAUCAGUGUGCAUUACUGUCUAGCUAACUGCAGAGAAACCAUAAUUACACUCUCCUCCGGGGGCUGGCUCCAUUAAGGUUGGUAUGGAGGCCGUUACUGUGUUUGCCUUUUCUGGCCAUGCCGUACACGUACCACAGACAGGAAAUGGAUGAGGAUAAUGGAUGAAUACUUAAUGGAACAUCCUGCUGCUGAUUUCACUGUGUUUACUUCUAGACUUCACAUGUCAACGUCUCCUUUGUUUCCUUUGUUUCACUGUGUUGAAAAAUUUACACCAGAAAACAGAGUCUUGCAUUCUGGGAACAAUAUGCUGACUGCCAUUCUGUAGGAAAGUGUUGGAGUUGCCAUAAUCAGCAUUUGUGUUUUAGAGCAGUAAUAAAGAGCAAUUGUGGUGACGGGGUAGUUUAAUGGGUACUGUAAAAUCAUGAGUGUAAUAUACAUGUCGAUAUUUAUUUGUAUAUGUGGAAUUAAUAACACCUGACGAUACAUCGUGGUUCAUCGCUUUGUUUAAAAUCCAAUGUAACCAUUUCCAUAACUCAUGAACCGCCUUGUUUUGAAAAUGUUGAAUUUUAUUUCGACAACACUGUCAUCUGAACAAAAUAUUUAUGUACAUAAAUAGGCAACGGAAAAUGUACAGUCUUGCACCAAAAAAAACAGUCCAACUGAGUAAUAGUACAGCUUUUAUCACAUGUACAUUAUUGGUAUGCUAAUGUGAGACAAAAUGUUCUAGCAGUCCAUAAAUUAAAGUGAAAUAAUAACAAUAGUACUAAUAAAAAAUCCAUUCAAACAUCCA